GCCGCUCUCUCGCUCUCGAUCUCUCUCUCGCACGCCCGGUCGGCCCCGAAGAAGGCGGGUCGCGGGGACCCGGCUCCUCCUCGCGGGAGGCGCGUCUUCGCGGGGCGGGCGGCGGGAUUAGCUCAUCUCGGCGGCGGAGACAGAACAUCAGCGGCGUUAGCGGUUCUUCAGCGGGCAGCUUCGACUCUCGCCCUGCUGGGUUCGGCGCAGACGGAGGGGCGCGGAGAGCUCGCUCGUCCUUCUCGUCCCCCCCGUCUGGUGUUUGUCUCCAGCCGGCUCUAUGGCUCUGUGCAAUGGAGAAGCCAAGUUGGAGAAUACUGGAGAAGAUCUCAAGGAUGGGGUGUGCCGCUAUGAAGGAGCUGUUGUAAUACUUGAUGCUGGAGCUCAGUAUGGAAAAGUUAUAGAUCGCCGGGUCAGAGAACUGUUUGUCCAGUCAGAGAUUUUUCCUUUGGAAACGCCUGCCUUUGCAAUUAAAGAACAAGGAUUCCGAGCCAUCAUCAUCUCUGGAGGACCAAAUUCUGUUUAUGCAGAAGAUGCUCCCUGGUUUGACCCUGCAAUUUUUACAAUAGGCAAACCAGUCCUUGGAAUCUGCUAUGGCAUGCAGAUGAUGAAUAAGGUAUUUGGUGGUACAGUACACAAAAAAGAUGUCAGAGAAGAUGGUGUCUUCAGCAUUACAUUAGAUAACACUUGUUCAUUAUUCAGGGGACUUCAGAAAGAAGAAGUAGUUCUCCUUACCCAUGGAGACAGCGUAGAUAAAGUAGCAGAUGGAUUCAAAGUUGUUGCUCAAUCUGGAAAUGUUGUAGCAGCUAUAGCAAAUGAAUCAAAAAAACUGUAUGGAGCGCAAUUCCAUCCUGAAGUUAGUCUUACAGUGAAUGGAAAACUGAUGCUGAAAAACUUCCUUUUUGACAUUGCUGGAUGCAGUGGUACCUUCACAGUUCAGAACAGAGAAAUGGAAUGCAUUCGAGAAAUUAAGGAGAAAGUAGGAUCAUCAAAAGUUCUGGUUUUACUCAGUGGAGGCGUAGAUUCUACAGUGUGCACAGCUUUACUGAACCGUGCUUUGAAUCAAGACCAGGUGAUAGCAGUGCACAUAGAUAAUGGAUUCAUGCGCAAGAGAGAAAGUCAAUCAGUGGAGGAGGCACUAAAAAAAUUGGGAAUUCAAGUCAAAGUGGUAAAUGCAGCUCAUUGGUUCUACAAUGGUACAACAACUUUACCCAUCUCUGAAGAAGACAGAACUCCUCGAAAAAGGAUCAGUAAAACACUGAAUAUGACUACAAGUCCUGAGGAAAAACGCAAGAUUAUUGGUGACACUUUUGUGAAGAUUGCUAAUGAAGUUAUUGGAGAACUGAAUCUGAAACCAGAAGAAGUCUUCCUCGCCCAAGGAACAUUGAGGCCUGAUCUAAUUGAAAGUGCUUCAGUUAUUGCUAGUGGCAAAGCAGAAGUCAUCAAGACCCACCACAAUGACACAGAACUCAUCAGAAAGUUACGGGAAGAGGGAAAAGUAAUAGAACCACUGAAAGAUUUCCAUAAGGAUGAAGUAAGAGUGCUUGGGAGAGAGCUUGGUUUGCCUGAAGAACUAGUUUCAAGACAUCCAUUCCCAGGUCCUGGCCUUGCCAUUAGAGUAAUCUGUGCUGAAGAACCAUAUGUUUGCAAAGACUUCCCUGAAACUAAUAAUAUUUUGAAAAUCAUAGCAGACUUUUCUGCAAGUGUUAAAAAGCCUCACACUCUGCUACAGAGGGUCAAAGCAUGUACACCUGAAGAAGACCAGGAUAAAUUGAUGGAGAUCACAAGUCUGCAUUCAUUAAAUGCCUUUUUGCUGCCAAUCAAAACAGUGGGAGUCCAGGGUGAUGGUCGUUCUUAUAGCUAUGUAUGUGGAAUCUCCAGUAAAGGUGCUUCGCCUUGGGAGUCCCUUAUGUUCCUAGCCAGACUCAUACCACGAAUGUGUCACAACAUAAAUCGGGUUGUCUAUGUGUUUGGGCCACCAGUCAAAGAACCUCCCACCGAUGUUACUCCCACUUUCUUGACGACGGGCGUUCUUAGCACAUUGCGGCAGGCUGAUUUCGAGGCUCAUAAUAUUCUCAGGGAAUCCGGUUAUUCUGGAAAAAUCAGCCAGAUGCCAAUCAUCUUAACACCAUUACAUUUUGACCGAGAUCCCCUGCAGAAACAGCCAUCCUGUCAAAGAUCCGUGGUUAUUCGAACUUUCAUUACAAGUGAUUUCAUGACUGGCAUUGCAGCUACUCCUGGCAAUGAGAUACCAGAAGAGGUUGUGUUGAAGAUGGUGACAGAGAUUAAGAAGAUUCCUGGCAUCUCCCGGGUGAUGUAUGACUUGACUUCGAAACCCCCAGGAACGACUGAAUGGGAGUAAUUAUUUUCCUCCCCUUUGAAAGUACUGUAUGCAGUUUUAAAUUAUAUCAGAAACCAUUCCCCGUGUUGACAUGCAGUACUGUGAAAAGAGUGACUGGAGCGGCUGCUACAUCUUAUGUGAUUACUAUUUUCUCUCCUGGAACAUAAUCUGCAAAUUAAGAGUGCUGAUGAGGGUGGGGGAAGUCAGCUAAAUGGGGCUGAGGACUUGUACGGGUAAAUAAUUUACGGCAGCAUUGCCUAUGUGCAAACAAAAUCAUAUUGCUUUGCCUUUUUUGUCUUACAGCCUCUUCCUGUUUUUUGUGUGUUUACUGUUAAAUGUCAUUUCAAUGUCUCUUUUUUUUGUAUACUGUGUAAAAAGAGACGAUUUAUUUACAUUCACCGACCCCAUUGUUAGAGCUAUUAAUAAUGUAAAAUGAAAAAAGUGACCAACUGCUUUUGAAACAGAUUUAUUAUAAAUAAAUAUUUUGCCAAAUGGAGUAGUGAGUAUUGUUGAAUUGUAGAUUAUUGUAUAUUUAUUUUCUGUAUAUUGUAGUACCUGUUCCAUAUCAUUUGGCAUUUUAAGCUCAUGGCAAUAAGUGUUGAUGUAUUCAAGAAAUAUAUCCAAAUAAGAAUUAUAUUCUACCCCAUCCCAUCACCCCCAUUCCCCACUUUUUAAUAUUUUCAAAACAAAUAGCUUUUAAAGGAUGUUAAAUCAUAUGUCUUCCCACAUUAUGUAGUUAUUAUCUAUAUUUAAUACACAUUUAAUCAGCUACAAGAGAAACAAACAUGAAUGAUCUAUAAAAGUUUCAAACUCACCGCUUGGGGAAAAACACAGCGACAAUUAUCACAGCAGCCAUCAAAAUUGCUGGGUUAUAUACACUUAUUUUCUUUUUAUAUUUUUAUUUUAGUCAAAUCUUUUGGCUUUCUGUUUAUGUGAGACUUUCUCAUAAAAGCAAGGAAAUGCUGCAUUUCAAAAACUUUUACUAAGCUGUGUUUAAAUACUAGCUUGAUUUCUAGUUCUUCUACGUGUGCCAUAGCUUUUGUGACUCAUUCUGGAUACUUCCCAGUGCAUUGCAAAUUAAUGCAAACUAUGAGAUUUUGCCUAAAACAAUGCAAAAGAAACUAAUACUGAAAGAAUGAUGCUGGCCACACAUUAUUGAUUUAUUCCAUUGGAUUAGAGGACCUGGAUAAAUAGCAGGCUUCUCUUGCUCUACCACCUCGUUUGCUGUGCCACAUACUUAUUUGCAAUUUCUUCAAUGUUCUCAAGGAGAUCUUGCAGUGACAGUACAAAGGGUAGGAGUAGUGUUCAUGAUGUCCAAUCUACCUACAAUCCACAAUCUGUAUCCAAAUUAUUCUCUAGGAAAAGUUCUGAGUAAAUGUUAUAUCUAUAGCAACUUUUGAGUAGUAAUAACUUCACUCCCUAUCUUGGGUGGGGAAUAGAAAUUCAGAAAUGAUUGAGGGAAUGCUUCCUAGUCUUUCAAGUUCAAGGGAUGUUUCCAGUUCUAUUCAUGUGUCUUUAUAUUUGGGGCUUGGACAGCAAAAUUUUGGCUGUUAUCAAUGUUUUAAGCUAGUUUAAAAUUCAGACUUACCAUAAUUAAGGUAUAGUCUGGGAAAAAGAAGCUUAGUUACAGUCAGAAGAGUCAGAGUUUUAACUUAAAUAAUGAAGUUUGCAGUUGGAGUUAAAAUGUUAUUGUUUUCAUGUUCAUUUACUAUAGAUAUGAACAUAUUGUCAAGUUCUAUGGGUUUUAGAUUAGUAAAUUUAUUAAGUUUUGUUUUCUUAAGAUUAAUGUACUUGUUUUUAAGUUGGAUACAUGAAUAAAAUGGAGUUUGGAAACCUUUACAAGAAAUAUUAUACUAGAGACAAAAAUAAACACAUAUAAAGGACAUAGGUAAAUUGUUUAAAUGAAGAGAUCAGAAAAGGGACUCUUUGUGUAUGACUAGUAUAAUACAGAAAAGGAUUUCUUUCUCUUAAACCCAUACUGGGAUUCAGUUUAUGCAGGCAAUGGAAUGUGGAGUACACUUAAAUGGACAGGCUUCCAAUUCUUGAAUGUAUUUCAUAGUAUUGAUUCCUGUAAUCAAAACCAGCUGGAUAAAACAGGCUUGUUGUGGUCCAGGAGGGAAUGUAUAACUGUAGCUUAUGAAUGCAGAUACCCUUGCUAGAUUUGUUUGCCCUCUGGUCUUCAGUAAGACAUGUCAACUGUUUUCAAAGACAAUUGUAUAGGGAAUUAUUCCUAAAACUCUCAGUUAAAAAAAAAAUCUGUAAAUGAUAAAAAGUACUGUCAGCCUUAAUUUUUAUCCUCAAAUAAAAGUGAACCCAUUUGGA